UCCUCCUCCUCCUUCCCUCUCCGCCCCGCGCCAUGGCGAAGUGAAGCAGCCUGGAGCCUGGAGCCAGGGCCGGCUGGGGAUGCUCUGCUGCGGCCCCUCUCCCCGGCUGCCGGGCAGAAGGAGACCUCGCCCCCAGGAGAGCCAGAGCUGGAGCCGGGAAGGAGCCUCCGAGCCAUCGGGGGAGCCCUGAAGCCCAGCCCCGGCUGCGGAGAGGAACAAAGCCUUGCGCUGGCUGCAGGGCGCAGGAGGAGCCAGGAGCAGAGAGGGUCCCCAUGGCUGCCUCCUCCUCCUCAGUCUCAGCCUCCUCCUCGCCUCCUUCUCCUUCUCCUUUUCCUCCUUCUCCGCCUGGGGAGCCCAGCUUGGCCGGCUAAGAGGCAGCCCCCCUCCGCCUUGGGAGCCAGCUGGACUCGGAGGCAAAGGAAGGAAGGAAGGAGAGGGGCUGGGGCUUUUUCCCCUUCUGCUUUUGGGGCACAAAAAGAGGAGGCCGGGGGGGCAAGGAAGGUUGCUUUGGGGAGGGAAGGUGGGAGAGGAGCCUCCUUUAGGAACCCCCCCCAGAACCCCCUGCAAUUGAAACCCCAAAGAAGAGGGCUGAAGAUGCAAGGAAGCCCCUCUCUUUGAGGCUAGACUCUCCAUGAGAUUUCUCCCCCCUCCACAUACACACACACACAUUGGGGGGGUCUAUUGCUUCAUUUUUGGGGUGCCCCAGGCCCAGCAUUUGACCUUAAAGGCGAGGAGAAGCCAGCUUUGGGGCCCCCAAACCUCCCUGAAGUUGAAACUUAGAGGCAACCCCCAAAAGAGGAGGGUUUAAGAUGCAAGGAAGGCCCUCUCUUUGAGUCCAGAUUUCCAUAAGAUCCUCCCUCCCCACACAUUGGGGGUGUUAUUGCCUCAGUUUUGCCCUAGGGACCCCCAUUUGGGCCCCAGCAUUUGACCUGAGGGGUGAGGAGAAGCCCUCUUCCCUGCAGCUGAAACUUGGGGUGCUGGAAGGGAGGGCAACCCUAAAAAGAAGAGGUUGGAGGAUGCAAGGAAGGCCCUGUCUUUGAGUCUGGACUUCCAUAAGUGUCUGCCUCGCAUGCACCGCGGGCUUCGUUGCCUCAGUUUUGGCCCCAAGAGCCCCCAUUUGGACCCAGAGCAUUUGACCUUAGUGGUGAGGAGAAGGCCCUUUUCCUGCAGUUAAAACUUGGGGGGCUGGAAGGAGGGCAACCCCAAAAAGAAGAGGUUGGAGGAUGCAAGAAAGAAGCCCCCCUCUCUAGUUCUAGCUAUAAGCCUCCCCCACACAGUCUCUUGCCAAGGAAAGGGGAUUUCUUGUUUCAGUUUUGGCAACAUUUGGGGUGUCCCAGGCCCAGAGCGUUUGGCCCCAGGGGUGAGUUUUGGGGGUGUGCUGAGGCAGGGGGUGUGGAAUGGCUGGCAGAAGCCGCCACUCCUGGCUCAGCGUGUUGCUAGGUCUGGUCCUGGGCUUCAUCCUUGCUUCCCGGCUCAUCUUGCCCCGAGCCUCGGAGCUGAAGAAAGCCGGGCAUCAGAGAAAAGCCAGCCUGGAAGGGUGCAGGGCCAAAGGCGGCGGAGGCGGGGGGCUCCUGCUCCACCGGGACUCUCGGGGGGCUUUGCUUUGGCACCAGGAGGCGGCCACCACCACCCAGCGCCAAGGCGAGAUCCGGCCCGCCAAGAACUUUCUCUUUGUGGGGGUCAUGACGGCUCAGAAGUACCUGCAGAACCGAGCCGUGGCUGCAUACAGAACGUGGUCCAGCACCAUCCCUGGCAAGGUUGAGUUCUUCUCCAGCGAGGGUUCGGAUACCUCUCUUCCAAUUCCAAUAGUGCCACUGCCUGGUGUAGAUGACUCUUACCCACCCCAGAAGAAAUCCUUUAUGAUGCUCAAAUACAUGCAUGACCACUACUUGAACAAAUACGAAUGGUUCAUGCGGGCAGACGAUGACGUUUACGUCAAAGGGGACAAGUUGGAGAACUUCCUCCGGAGUUUGAAUAGUAGUGAACCUCUCUUCCUUGGACAGACAGGGUUGGGUACCACCGAAGAGAUGGGGAAACUGGCCCUGGAACCCGGAGAGAAUUUCUGCAUGGGGGGCCCAGGUGUGAUUAUGAGCCGGGAAGUGCUGCGGAGGAUGGUCCCUCACAUUGGGGAGUGCCUUCGAGAGAUGUACACCACCCAUGAGGAUGUGGAGAUCGGGAGAUGUGUACGAAGAUUUGCAGGAGUGCAGUGUGUGUGGUCUUACGAGAUGCAGCAGCUGUUUUAUGAGAACUAUGAGCAGAACAAAAAAGGUUACAUCAAAGACCUCCGUAACAGCAAGAUUCACCGAGCGAUCACCUUGCACCCAAACAAGAGCCCACCCUACCAGUAUAGACUCCAUAGCUAUAUGCUGAGUCGCAAAAUAGCAGAGCUGCGUUACCGGACCAUACAACUGCACCGAGAAAUUGUCCUCAUGAGCAAAUAUAGCAAUACAGAGGUCCACAGAGAUGAUCUCCAGCUAGGGAUCGCACCUUCAUUCAUGCGCUUCCAGCCACAUCAGCGCGAGGAGGUCUUGGAAUGGGAGUUCCUCACAGGAAAGUAUCUAUAUUCUGCUGCGGAUGGGCAGCCACCGCGUCGAGGCAUGGACUCCUCUCAGCAUGAGGCACUGGAUGAUAUUGUGAUGCAAGUCAUGGAGAUGAUCAAUGCAAAUGCCAAGACCAGAGGGCGGAUCAUUGACUUCAAGGAGAUACAGUAUGGCUAUCGUAGGGUCAAUCCAAUGUAUGGGGCAGAGUAUGUUCUUGACUUACUCCUUUUAUACAAGAAGCACAAGGGGAAGAAAAUGACGGUCCCUGUCAGGAGGCAUGCGUACUUGCAGCAGACCUUUAGCAAAGUUCAGUUUAUGGAGUAUGAAGAGAUGGACGCCAAAGAGCUGGCCAGUAAAAUCAACCAGGAAUCAGGGUCCCUGUCUUUCCUCUCCAAUUCCCUAAAGAUGUUCGUCCCAUUCCAGUUAAGUAAGUCGAAAGCAGAAAAGAAAGAACCCAAAGAUAAAAAGAUCAACAUCUUGAUUCCUCUCUCUGGACGCUUCGACAUGUUUGCACGCUUCAUGGUAAACUUUGAAAAGACUUGCCUAAUUCCUAACCAGAAUGUCAAACUGGUGGUCCUGCUUUUCAACUCAGACUCCAACCCAGACAAAGCAAGGCAAGUUGAACUGAUGAGAGACUAUCGCCUGAAGUAUCCCAAGGCAGACAUGCAGAUCUUGCCAGUAUCUGGCGAGUUUUCCCGCGCCCUGGCCCUAGAAGUUGGAUCCUCUCAGUUUAACAAUGAAUCGUUGCUGUUUUUCUGUGAUGUAGACUUGGUGUUUACAGCCGAGUUUCUCCAGCGGUGUAGAGCUAACACAGUUUUGGGGCGACAAAUUUAUUUCCCAGUCAUCUUUAGCCAGUACGAUCCAAAGAUUGUCUAUAGUGGAAAAGUUCCUAGCGAUAAUCAUUUUGCCUUCACCCAGAAAACUGGCUUCUGGAGGAACUAUGGCUUUGGGAUUGCCUGUAUUUACAAGGGCGAUCUUAUCCAAGCCGGUGGUUUUGAUGUUUCUAUCCAAGGUUGGGGUCUUGAGGACGUGGACUUGUUCAACAAAGUUAUUCAGGCUGGAUUAAAGACUUUCCGGAGCCAAGAGGUUGGAGUAGUCCAUGUGCAUCAUCCUGUCUUCUGUGACCUGAAUCUUGAUCCGAAACAGUAUAAAAUGUGUUUGGGGUCCAAAGCAUCGACGUAUGGGUCGGCACCGCAGCUGGCCGAACUGUGGCUACAAAAGAACGAACCGGGCUUUGGGAAGAACAGCAUUGCAAAUGGUUCCCUGAGGACAGCCUAAUAUCCAGCUAUGCUGGGCAGAAAACAGUUUAAAAAAACUACCUAUUUCAAUUUUUUUAUUGCCCUAAUUUAUUUUAUUUUCAUUUCUUUUUUUGGAAACAUUUUGAUAGUAGAUUUUUUUAAAAGAAAAGACCGCACAAGGGUAUAUUUUAGAAACCAUCGUUUUCUUACAAGGAUCUUCUAGACCUUUUUUUCUGAACAAAACUGUGAUGAUCAACCUUUGCCUUUUCGAACAAACAUCAGUGGCUGAGUAUUAUGAAUUGCCUGAUUCUGACAACUUGAAAUAAAUCCUCCCUUUCCCCUUUAGAUAGAUUUUUGUUUAAGGAAAGUUUAAAAAUGCCUCCCUUUCUAUAUGCGACACCUCACUGUUCAUUUAGGUGCUUGGGUUAUUCCAGCAAUGCAAAGUGGCACAAAAGAUUUGCUUAAUGUUUGGGGGUUUUCCCCCCUCUCUUGGUAUUCUUACAGAAUAAAUGGAUUCUUCCUUGAAUUAAAAGUAUUAGAACAAAGAAAAGGAUAUACAGUAACAGUGUUAGCCAAUUUGCUUACAGGAAUAUUCAUUUUGGUUGACAUUUCAACCUAAAAACGUACCUUUUGCUCACUUGUAUUUGGAGCAACCAGAAAGGAAAGGGGAAUUGAGCACAACCUUGAUAAUCCAUACCUUUGUUUUAACAAAAAGAAAGAAAAGAAAAAGUACUUCCUUUUUUUGGUCCAUAUUUGGAUCAAAUGUUUAGACAAAAAUCUGUAGCAGAUUCUGAGAUCUUCUAAAUCCGAUGUUUUGGGCAGGUGCCUGGAUGACAAAGAAGAACACUUUAGUUUAUAGAGGGGGAAAAAUGAUAUUUCUUUGCUGCAAAAAGCAACAAAUGUAAAUCUGAGACACUCCAAAUUCAAGGUGUUGGGAAAAUAUUUUAUUUCCCCCCCAACCAGUUACAGUAUUUGGAUUGGGAACAAUUUACUCUGUUUCCUUUGCGUAAUUAGUUUGGUUUUUUUGCUUUCUGUAUUGGGUAGGCCUUUAAUUUAUUUAAUAUCCUUUGUUUUUAGGUUUCUGUCCUUUUUUAUUUUUAAUAACGGCUAGACAUUAAUAUUAAUAUUUAUGUAUCUUAGGAAUGUAUUGCAUUUUCUUACUGUUAAAGAUAGCCUACAUCUUGCUUUGCAGUAAACCGAUCUCCAAAGAGUCUCUCAAAAUUGUUCUUGUUUAUUUUCUAAGAAUUACUUUUUAAAAGGAGUCAUUGAAACCUUCAGAUUUCGGUAAUAGAAACUGUGGGAAAACCUGUGCCUCAUCAUAAUAGAAACUUUAAAAUAUAGUGCUCAUAACAUAUCUCAAUGCAUUUGAAUAAAAAACCCAAGCUCUUUUCUAUUGAUCCUUACAGUGGCUCCAGAACAUGGGUCCAUAGUACAGUUCCAUGUUGGCAGUGUGUGGCAAGCUUUAUUUCUCCACAUAGAAAAUGAAAAUGAGUAAAUAAUAUGUUCCUGUACUACAUUCUUCAUUUCUGGUUGUGCUUCGGCAUAAAGUUAUUGAAUCUACAUAUGGAAGCAAAGUUGUUAAAAUGGCUACUGAAGAGAGUGGUGCUUUGGAUCAGAAUGGUAAGAUAGUUCUUCAAAUUGCCACUCACCUGGUUGCCUGUUACAGGUAAGAUCGCCUCUAGAUGAUUCAGCUGAAGGUUUUGUAACGUUGCAGGAUGUCAGUGUGACAAAAAGACUGGUAUGGGUGUCUGAUGAGUAGCCACACCUAUAGCUACACACCAGUUAGAGCUUGAGAAUCUUACCUUUUUGUAUGGGAACUCCCCAAAUCAUCCCCUGAUAAUGCUGAAUAAGGGAUUCUGGGAAUUGUCCAUAGAUGUACCUUUCCAAAGCUCUUGCUUCACCAUUAAGAGCAUCCUGAUUCUGAUAGCUGCCUUUCAUGGUUUUAUGUAUUCCAAAUGAUAUUUUUUAUUUAUUGUGAUUUUACUGGGGUGGUGGUGGAUGCUUGUUACUGUACAUUGCCCUGAAGGGCUUUAAU